AUGUCCUGCGCCUUCUACCUCCCCGAGUGCACCCACGGGACGCUUUUCCAGCCCACGUAUGUGCGCUGCCAAAAAUCCCAAGGCCAAAAGAUUCUGCGCUGCUUUCCGCACUGCUGUCCCCAACACAUUCACUACCGCAACUGCGGUACGGCCAUUUGUCUUGCGGUGCAGCCGCGGUCGCAACUCGCGUCCUUGCGGGCGGUGCUCGCCUUCACAGCCGCGACCGACGACGUCUUCGCCCCUCACGACGUGGUGCCGACCAGCUACUUUGAGGCGCACACCCGGUCGCGGUCCAACGUUUUUGGUACGCUCUACGAAGGUCUUCGGCUGCCGUCGCUCGAGAACACGAGCGGCCGGAGCAAGGCGCAGCGGGACCUUCCCCACGUCCUUCGGGCAUAUGUGUUUGAAGCCGCCAUCUCCAACGACGACGAGUGGGUCCUCAUUGCGUCCGUGGCGUCGACCCCGUUCACGAUCGUGUCGUACCGCGGCGAGCACAACAAGAAGAAGCGCGAGCAGCUCCAGAUCGAAGACUUUGCACCGCAGAGCACGAGCUCGGACCACUUGAUGACCAUCUUGUCGAGCUUGCAAGCGGUGUCGUUGGAGGCGACGCCGUCCCCGCUGCUUGAGUGGCUCCGCGUGCACGUGCCGCUGCCGCUGCCCGUCGCGUCGGGCGGACCGGCGUCCGAUGUCAGCACCGCGUACCACAAUGUUUGCCUUGCGAUGAUUGUUGCGCUGAGCCACAAGGACGUCUUUGAGCGUAUGAAUGACGUCUUGGUGGCCAAUGCCGCUUCCGUCCUCGACAAGACCGACCUCCAGCGCGUCUACUACGAGUGCCUCAUGGAGCAAGUGCUCUUUCCGAUUUUGGAAGCGGUGCUAAGCCAGCACCACGUCUCGGCGGUCGAGGUGGCGAGUGCGAUGUCGCCCAGCACCGACCACCAUUUUUUUGUCCGGUUUGUGGCGCAGAUGCGCGAGUCGUAUAUCCUGACGCAAACGCUGGCGCCGACGCGCUUCCGUAGCCCGAGUGCCGGCAGCGCUGUGGACGGCUCAUGGGUGUGGCAGCAAGAAGCCACGGUGGUGCAUCACUGGGCACUCUCGACGUCGCUUAUGCACUACCUCCGCUUUCUCGACAACAUGUCGUCCUUCCAGCAGCGCUUUUCGGGCCAUACGCUGCAUAUGCGGUCCAACUCGCCUCGGUUCAGUACCGUGCCCUCCGAGUUUGUGUGCGACGCGAGUCCUCGCAGCUUGCGCGUGCUCCCGACCGGCGAGUCGUGCCUGGCCGACCUUAUCGUCGACUACGUCGGGUUCAUGGGGCCGCACGGAGACGUGACGUUGGCGCUGUAUCUCUUGGAGCGCAAUGCAAACAUGUGCCUCCUUGCCGAGGUCCACAUCGCGCCUCGAGAUGGUCAGACACUACUGUACACAGUGCGCGUGCACCGGGCCAAUGCACCGUCGCCCGUCGACGACGCCUUCUUCGACGCGGACGCGUCGACACGCGUCACCGUGUGCCAAACGGAGUGGCUGCUCGCGCCUAUUCUGCGCUGCUUUCCGCACUGCUGUCCCGGCCACGUCCACUACCGCAACUGCGGCGCGUCGCUCUACGUACGGGCCACGCCCCACACGCACCCCCUGCAUGUGUUUGGGCUCUUCUCGCUUAGCGACGAGGACCCGUACCCAGUCGGGACCAUUGUCGACGCCAACCUCGUCCAGCGCGAGCUCCGCGUGCCGUCCAACGUGCGCGGCUCGCUCGUGAGUGCGGUCCGAGACGAGAUCAUCCCGAAUGCGUUCCGAUUCGACGAAAAGGAGCUCAACGGGUGGCAGUACAGCUGGAAGAGCGGGCGCAGCAAGGCCCAGCGCGACCUCGCCCACGUGUUUCGCGCAAUUGUGCUCACACCGAUCGCGCCGGACGUGUGGUGCGUUGUGGGCGUUGCAACGUCGACGCCCUUUACGAUCGUGUCGUAUCGCGGCGAAUACAACAAGCGCAAGCGGGCCGGCGGCACACCGUCCGAGCUCGGUUCGUCGUCGUCGUCGCGCUCGUCCUACGACAUUUUGCUGUCGUACAUUCGGGCCUUUCGCGUCGAUAUGGCGCCCUCUGCAAGCGUUGCCUGGCUCCACCACGCCAUCGGCGUCGCGUGUCCGACGCUCGGCUCGCCGCGCCCGUCCAGCGACAGCGCGUGGCACGAUCAGAUCUGCGUUGCGAUCGCACUGGCGCUGUGCGGCCGCGAGUUCGUCGCCGAGUUCAACGCGUGUCUGCUCACGCACGCCGCCGCGGUCCUCGCCAAGCCCGAGUCGCAAGCGAUCUUUAAUCGCUUCUUUGAGCAUGUACUAUUGCCGACCAUCGACCGCGUUGUGAGCACAUUCGGAACGACGGUCGGUGCGGUCGCCGACGCCAUCACCCAUCACACCCCGCCCCCCGCGCUGUUUUCGGUGCAGGACUUUCGCCCGCGCUUUGUGGCGCAACUGCGCGAAGCCUACAUUGCCGCGACGCAGGGACACCCGUCCUGGCCAUCGUUUACCUUUGGGAAUUCGGUCUUCAAUGGCGCGUGGCAGCGGCAGUCGACGACCGUUCAUACGCCGUGGCGCACGGGCGUGACGCUACCCCACUACCUGCGCUGGCUGAGCAACACGACGGCCUUUCACAUACGACUCGACGCGCCAACGCUUCUGGUCCGCGCCGUGACGCCGCGGUUCACUGCAGUGCCCUCGAGCUUUCUAUUGGACGGAAGUUUGGGCAGCCUUCGGGUGUUGCCGGACGGCGAGUCGUGCUUGGGGACCAUCGCCGUCGACUACCGCGGCCACGUGGCCAUGUCGGGCGAUAUACACCUAACCCUCUACGGCUACGAACGGGGCGGGGCGGCGUACUUAUUGGCCACUGUGCGUUUGCACGUGACGUCCGAAGACGCGCUUGUGGUUUCGGCGACUGUCGACGUGGGCCGUGCGAUCGACGCACCGGACGCCAUGGUGCAGGCGAUGUUUGAUCUCAAAACGGCCAGCCGCGUCGAGGUGCUGGACGUGUGGCCCCGCGCCCCCGCGGCCGCGUUUGAUCUGCAGCUGACGCGCGUGCCAUCGUAAUGCGCCGAAAAGACAAAUAGAAAUGAGCAGUGGUGUAUUGCACAGUACACACAAUACGUC